AUGUGGUUUAUGAGUCUAGACAUGGCGAGUGGCUUCUGGGCAGUCCGAAUGACCGAGAGGGCUAAGCUGAUCUCGGCGUUUACCUGUCCAUUCGGGCAUUUCCAAUGGGUACGUAUGCCAUUCAGGUUGAAAAACGCCCCACUAAUUUACCAACAGAUGAUCAACAAUUGCCUGUGGGGAUUUGUGCGGCUACCUCCCAAAGAAGAGGCACUUGUGGACCAGGAUGUGCUAGACUAUUUGAAGUUGAAUCCUCAGUCGCCGAGUGAUGAAAUGGAUGCAGGACGCAGUAUGACACCACUUGUGGAGCAAAUGACGUAUUCCCGCACCAUCCCCUAUGCGCCAGUCUUGGGGCGCAGUUCGUAUAUUGAUGACAUCGCGCAUGGGGCGGCCACGUGGGAUCAACUAUGCGGUGAUCUAGAUGCGUUGCUCUAUCGGUUGCGGUACUGGAGUAUCUCAGUUAGCUUGCCUAAGAGCGAGUUUGGGAAGCGUGUCAUACCGUAUCUCUCUCAUGAGAUUGGUGCUGAAGGAAUACGUGCCACCCCGAAGAUCAUAAAAGGCAUUCAGGAGUUACCGUUUCCGUCUACCCUGAAAGGAGUCCAGUCAUUUCUAGGCAGCCUGAAUUACUACCACAAAUUCAUUGAAGAUUAUGCUGUGUUGCGCGCAGGACGAGACUUGUCUCGAGCGAAGGAAUCCUUUGAGAUCCUGAAGAAGAAGAUUGUGCCUACACCUCUACUCAAACAUCCAGAUCGAACGAAACAUUUCGUGAUCAUCCCUCAUGCGAAUCAGCGGGCUGCUUGCGCAGUUCUAGGACAGAUGCAUGACGGACUUGUUCAACCCGUUCGUUUCACGGGGUGUGUCCUGAGUGACGCCGAGCUCAAGUACCAUAUUGCGGAAAAGGAGGUUCUCGCUGUGAUGCGGGUUCUCCAUGUGUUCAAGAAUCUGAUCGAAGAAUGUCCGUUGAUAAUUUACACUCGACAUUCAGUGUUGACAUGGGUCAUCAAUUCCAAGACCGCCGAAGGCCGUCUGAUGCCAUGGGGCGUCGCUCUCUCACAGUAG